GUUGAGUGUUGAGGCUGGGUCCCCUUUUUGCCCUGUAAAGCUGUAGGCUGUAUGUAUAAAGGGGGGCCUGUUAUUCAUGCAGCCUGCGCUUGAGCCAGCGUUCAUGCAUGUCCCGUCCCUUUUCCCAACUCGUACCGCCCGCUCGCUUCUCGCGAUCCUCUCCCUGGGCCUGCCUUGCCUGCUUGCCUCUUUGUGGGCGCCGCAUGUCGCCCACGGCUUGUCUCCCCGUGCGCUGGAUUUGAUGUGUGCUACUUUUUUAUCCACCCAUUUUACCGGCAUGGCAACUUGUCCACAUUCGAGCGGGAGCUUGUUUAAAAGAGAUCUGCUUUAUUCACAAGGGUAUGCUGUCUGUGGUUGCCCCUUCCCCUGUCUAUCGAGAUUUCUCCCCCUCAAGGGUUCAAGGCGCAUCGCAGGUGGCAGAAGUGCAGCUUGUGACAGAGCCGGAUGGCAAAGAUGGCUUGAAGGGUUGGGAGUAUACAAUUUUGAUGAUAAUAUUGCCAUGGCAAGCAAGCCUGGCGCUACCUAAAGCGGAGAUCUCAUCACGACCCUCACUUCAACUUUCCGCCCAUGCCUUCUCAACUGCGAACAGACCAGGGUCAAAAUUAGAAAUAAUGACCCAGAAGAUGAGGACUGGGUGCGCGCCGCAGAUCGGCGUUCUUGGUUCGUUUUGCGGAGCUCUUACGUCCCAUCUCGGAUCUUCCUGGGAGUCCGGGAUUUCGUGGCCCAGCGGUUGGACUGGCGGAUCUUCCGAGUCCAGGCCAGCCCUUCAAUUAAAGCUCACACGAGACCCCGACGUUUUGAAGUCAUACAAGCAAGCAUCAAGAGAUUGCCACCUACAUGUACAUAUGCGAAUCAUAGUUGCUUCUGCGUGCGUCCUGCUUGCUGCUGCACUGCUUCUUUCUGCUGCUAAUCGUGCUUCUGCUUGCUUCAUGCUGCCCUGUCGUGGGGUGAUUGGGAAGGGGUUCCUCGGCCUUGGUGAUGCAUAUUGUGCUUCAUUUACUCAAUUGAGGUCGUCCUUGAAUGCGGGCCUCAUGGAGACCCGUUCAAGGACCCCAGUUGUUCAAUCCAAGAAGCUUGGACUGCCCGCGUAUGACAGCACUUCCUUGCAGCCAACCCGGACUGUGUCCUGCAUGGAAGUGGACCGGUUUGCGGCUUUUUGCUUGAUCGAGUUUCGACUGGCUCGCUGUGCUGACUGACCCUCACCUGCCGGCAGGUCUAGUUGCAAAUCGUGACCUUCCUAUUGCAACUGGACUGCUAGAGACAUGCGUGCGGAUAUGUAGUCGUGUCAUGGUCAAGACAAGACCCCUACAUUAGACACAAGCAACUAGGCCCGCGGAUGCGCUGUACGACGAGAUGUGAGAUUGCCCAGCAGCAGCAGCAGCAGCAGC